GGCCCUUUGAGUGCUAAUGCUAUAGCAUCCAUAAUGCUAAUGUGGCCCGCGACCUUUCAUACGGAGUUUACAGUCAGUUUGAACAACUGUGGGAAACACACGAAGCAGAAGCACAGCUGUUUCUCAUAACACUAACUCGCUGUACCAGGAACUAUGAAACGCAGGAGCUAAAUGAAUAAUUGAACACUAUUUCCAUCCGUGCUUUCCCCUCUUCUUUCUUCCUGGAAGCCGAAACAGAAGACUUGUGUUUUCUGCUGGGAAACACGACAAAAAAACUCCCGUGCAGCACGACCCCUCCAGGUGCAUUUGAAUGUGUUUACAUGCCAUGUUUAUCCGGGUUAUUAUCAUAUCUGGGACGAGGUGUUUACACCACGAGCAAACAAAUAAGAGCACAAUUAAAUGAGUACUUAUUCAUUUAGCCUCUAGCGUGUGUUUGGUGUCUCUUAUCACUCAUCUCUGUGUGGUUUUGUGUCUCUGGAGUCAUUUUGCAUCUUAUUAGUAGUUGGUUUAUGACACUUUGUUGUUAUUUCCUCCUCUCUGCGUCACUUUGUGCUCCUAUUAUGGUUGUUGUGCCCGUUAUCCUAGUCGUUGUGAGUCUCUGUGUGACUCGUUGCAGCUGUGGCGCGUCGUUGAGUCCAUUCAGGUGCGUUAUAGUCUUAUGUGUCAUUGUGUGUCUAGUUGUGGUCCCUUUUGCCUUUUCCCAAGUUGUCCUGAGUCUUCUUGUUGAUUUUUUCAGCUGUUGAUUAAGAUUAAGAUUAAGAUGGACUUUUAUUAAUCCCUCGUGGGGAAAUUGUUUCUCUGCAUUUGACCCAUCCUAGUGUUAGGAGCAGUGUGCUGCCAUUUUGAACGGCGCCCGGGGAGCAGUGUGGGGAACGGUGCCUUGCUCCGGGACACCUCGGUAGCACUUGGUCUUGCUGGGACUUGAACUGGUGACCUUCCAGUUGCCAAGCCAAGUCCCUAUCGACUUCGCCACCACCGUUGUGCGUCUCGUUGAGUCUUUGCGGUCUCUUUCUAGUCUUCCUUUGUCUGUUUAUAGUUGUUUUUAUUUCUCAUCGUGGUCAUUUUGCUCCUUUUCUGGUUGUUUUGCCCGUUGUUUUGUUAAUUGUGAUUAUCUUUGUGUUGUGCAUCUCCAUGGACUGUUUUGGUCACUUUGUCGUCCAUUUAUUUCUCCUUGCUGUCAUUGUGUGUCUCCUGGUGCUCCUUUCUUUGUUUCUCUUGCCCUUUGUCCUUGUCACCGUGAGUCUCUUCAGGUGACACUUUGCAGAGGAAAGCCGGUGGGUCUCUUCUGUUGCAAAAUGGUCCUUUUUUAAAAAGUCUUAACUAGUCAGGAAUCAGAGGAGGAAACAUGGACAUAGGUUAGAAGCAUGCAGCAUGCAGUGAGGGUCUUUGCACCAGCAGAGGGAGACGAGGAAGUGAAGCCUCUGGUGAAGAACUUGGCUGACAAUCGCCCCACUUUCUCCUUUUCGGUGGAUCAGACAGCAGGUGAAGAGCAGUGCGGCUGCAGAAACACAGACGGACACACACACACACACACACACACACACACACACACACACACACACACACACAGACAGACAGACGGACAGACAGGAGGAGAACCUGUUGGAUUUCUGUCUCUCCUCAUCACACCUCCCUGGAUUUACACUUUUCCCUUCACUUGUAUGAGUUGGAGUAACAACCUCCUGACCGGCGGCUGCUGUAAUGAGAUCCUCUGUCCUGGGAUCAGUGUGUGUUCUGCUCUUGAUGUUGAGGCAGCAUAAAUGCCGGGGUGAUGAUGAGGUUACCUCCAACACAGUGAACCCAUGCUGUUAUCUCCCCUGUCAGCACUGGGGUGUCUGUGUGCGGUUUGGCGAUGAGUACGAGUGUGACUGCACCCUCACCGGAUACUACGGAGUAAACUGCACCGUCCCUGAGUUCUGGUCCAGAGUGCAUCAGCUCCAACCCAGUCCAGAUGUUCUGCAUUACAUCCUCACACACUUCCAGUGGCUGUGGGACGUCAUCAACUCCACCUUCCUGAGGGACGUCCUGAUGAGGGUCGUCCUCACAGUGAGGGCCAACCUCAUCCCCAGCCCCCCCACCUACAACUCUAAAUAUGGAUACCUGAGCUGGGAGUCCUACUACAAUCUGAGCUACUACACCCGGAUACUUCCUCCAGUGCCGGAGGACUGCCCCACUCCUCUGGGGGUCAAAGGUCAGACACUCAUUCAUUGCUUCCCGGACCCUGAGCUUCUGGUGGAGCGGCUCUUGAGGAGACGGACCUUCAGACCCGACCCUCAGGGAUCCAACCUCCUGUUCGCCUUCUUCGCUCAGCACUUCACUCACCAGUUCUUCAAAACAUACAACCGCAUGGGGCUGGGCUUCACCAAGGCUCUGGCUCACGGGGUAGACGCAGGACACAUUUACGGAGACAACCUGCAGCGUCAGCCUUUCUCGAGGCUGAACAGAGACGGAAAACUCAAGUAUCAGUUAGUUGACGGGGAGAUGUUCCCCCCCACUGUGGCUGAUGCCCCCGUUAAGAUGAGCUACCCCCCCGGGACGCCCCCUGAGAAUCAGAUGGCGAUCGGACAGGAAGUGUUCGGGCUGCUUCCUGGUUUGGGGAUGUUUGCGACGCUUUGGCUGAGAGAGCACAACCGAGUGUGUGACAUCCUGAAGAGAGAGCACCCCACCUGGGGGGACGAGCAGCUGUUCCAGACCGCCCGCCUCAUCAUCAUCGGUGAGACGAUCCGCAUCGUGAUCGAGGAGUACGUGCAGCACCUCAGUGGAUAUCUCCUGAAGCUGAAGUUCGACCCCACGCUGCUCUUCAAGUCUAACUUCCAGUACGGGAACCGCAUCUCUCUGGAGUUCACGCAGCUGUACCACUGGCACCCCCUCAUGCCCGACAGCUUCCUGAUCAGCGGAGACCAGGUGACAUAUCCCCAGUUCCUCUUCAACACCUCCGUGCUCACACACUACGGCAUCGAGAAGCUGGUGGACGCCUUCUCCAAACAGGUGGCCGGACAGAUCGGCGGGGGCCACAACAUCCACCCUGUGGUGACUAAAGUGGCCGUGGGGACGAUAAAAGAGUCGCGGCAGCUUCGCAUGCAGCCCUUCAACGAGUACAGGAAGCGAUUCAACCUGAGGCCGUACACUUCCUUCAGACAGUUCUCAGCUAACGAGGAGAUAGCCAUCGAGCUGGAGGAACUCUACGGGGACAUCGACGCUCUGGAGUUUUACCCCGGCUUGAUGCUGGAGCAAACUCGACCGGGGGCCCUCUUUGGAGAGAGCAUGGUGGAGAUGGGGGCCCCCUUCUCCUUGAAAGGCCUCCUCGGAAACCCCAUAUGUUCUCCACACUACUGGAAGCCCAGCACCUUCGGGGGCCGCGUGGGCUUCGACAUAGUGAACUCUGCCACGCUGAAGAAGCUGGUGUGUCUGAACACCAGGACGUGUCCUUACGUGGCGUUCAGAAUACCUGCGGAGGAGAGGGAACCUGAAGGGGACAGUAAAGAAAGGACUGAUGAGCUAUGACUCUGAGAAAACUCCUGAUGAACAAGAAGAACAUCCAGUUGUUCAUUUAAAAGAGGCUGCUGCUGAGAGACACUUUUUAAAUGAAGCUAUGAUUAGAAUAUUUUCACCACUUCACAUCAGAAUCAGGUUUAUCACCAGGUAGGUCGACACGUACGAGGGUUUGACUAGUAAAGUAAAACACAAAUCAAACACAGAUAGAGAACUAUUUUAAGAACACUAUAAUAACACACGCCCGUCAGACCGCCUGCUGUGGCUCCGUUUCAAAUCAAUGAAGUUGUUUAGGAUGUUUAAUGCACAAAGUCAAGCAAACAAUAACCGAAGGCAGGAACACAUGGUCAAAAGAAAAUGUCUGAAGCUAGCUGAGCACCUGAAGGCCAUUGUUUCACAUCCAGAGGCUGCUGCUGCUGAGAGACAGGUUUUCAAUGUAGCUUUGAUUAGAAUAUUUUCACCACUUCACAUCAGGCAGGACUCCAUGGUCAAAUGUCUGAAGCUAGCUCACCCUGUCUGUCUUUCCACAAACCCUGACAUACACCAGGUGCACUAAUUACAAUAAAACACAACAGUGCUCGUACACAGCCGUUCUCUCUCUACACUACUCAUUUUACUAGUUGCUGUUUAGCUUGUUUCGUUUGUUUGUGUUAUUGUGUGACUUUUAAAAGGGUUCGUUUUUAUUCACUCACAAUCACAUAAAUAAAUGGUCGGGUCAAAGCGGGAAAACCUCCAGAAACGACUGUUCUGCGCGGGGAAAGAGCUGUUUUCGAAUGACGUCUGGAGAUAUAAAGCACUGAUAUUGGCUUCUUCUACAACAGCCUUUUUAAGGUGGCUGAAGUCCAUCCCCACCCACAGGAAGGAGCUCCACUCUCUACUGUGACACACUGAACCAUCCCCACCCACAGGAAGGAGCUCCACUCUCUACUGUGACACACUGCACCAUCCCCACCCACAGGAAGGAGCUCCACUCUCUACUGUGACACACUGAACCAUCCCCACCCACAGGAAGGAGCUCCACUCUCUACUGAGACACACUGAACCAUCCCCACCCACAGGAAGGAGCUCCACUCUCUACUGUGACACACUGCACCAUCCCCACCCACAGGAAGGAGCUCCACUCUCUACUGUGACACACUGCACCAUCCCCACCCACAGGAAGGAGCUCCACUCUCUACUGAGACACACUGAACCAUCCCCACCCACAGGAAGGAGCUCCACUCUCUACUGAGACACACUGAACCAUCCCCACCCACAGGAAGGAGCUCCACUCUCUACUGUGACACACUGAACCAUCCCCACCCACAGGAAGGAGCUCCACUCUCUACUGUGACACACUGAACCAUCCCCACCCACAGGAAGGAGCUCCACUCUCUACUGUGACACACUGAACCAUCCCUCCACACACACAUUAUAGGAUAUAAAUAUUAUUUUCUGUUCAAUGCCUGAAGUCCAGUCAAAGUGUAUGUUGUUUUAUUUUCUAAAGAAGUGAUUGCAAUGCUAUUUGAAGAUAGUGUGGAUUUUGAAUUCAUUUAAUUAGGAAGCCAUUAAAAUAUUUGACUCUC